UUUCCCUUUGAAUAACAGAAGUAAGAGAUGUGUACAUGUUUCUAGCCGAUCUUACCUUUCGAAGCCAACCAUCAGAUUCUUAAUUUGCUUGUAGGUACUUAAUUGUGCCCUUUUUUAUUUUGAAGAUAAUCGUCCCUUGAGACCGAUCAGUCCCUAGCUCUCAUUACUACACCAAAUCGAGUAGCCACCAUCUCCGGCCACCCACUCGGACGAGCCCAUCAGAAUUUGGGAAAGUUUCGGCGACCAGAGCAGUUGAAAGUGUGGAAAAUUACACGGAGAGAGAAAGACAGAUGGAACUUCAGCAUUUCUUCCACCCCCAUCCGUUGGCCUCGGCUUAUUACAGUACGGUAACUCCUUUUAGAAGAUCUUGUGAUGGGUGCGCGGAUGAAAUAUUGGGUUUUAGUUACAGGUGCCAAAUAUGCUACUUCAACCUUCACAAAUCAUGUGGGGAACAACCCCACGAAUUGCAGCACCCAUUGCACCCGCAACAUCCUCUUAUUCUCCUAGAAGAAAGCCCAGAUUAUGAGCUAUGUUAUUUCUGCAAUAAAUAUAUAGACCGCUUCAGGGGCUUCGCUUACAAUUGUUCUCACUGUAAUUUUAACCUUCAUCUUAAAUGCGCUUCUAUACCCUUUACCCUAAAACCUGAAUUUCACGACCAUCCAUUGAGGCUCCUGCGGAAAUCAGUCUCCUUCACUUGCGAUGCAUGUGGGAUAAAAGAUGAAGACAUGUACUCUUACGUAUGUACCACUCACACAUGCUCAUUCAUGGUCCACCGAAAAUGUGCUGCCUUACCAUUGACUCUCAAACAUACAAGUCACCACCACAAUCUCGACCUCACCCACUCUUCUCAGCUAAAUCAAUCCCACCGCCAAAUUUGUCGUCUCUGCGUUAAGAAGGUGGACACUGACAGAGCUUAUUAUUGCUCAAAAUGCAAUUUUGUUGCUCACCUUGUUUGUGCUGCACGCGAGGGAGAAACCGAGGAAAUAAAGAAGCCUCUUGAGUCGACAGGUAUCCUUAAAAAAGAAGAUUCAGAACUGGAUGAAUCCAUUGACUCAUUACCUUAUGCUGUGAAGAAGAUGAAGAUAGGAGAGGAUAAAAUUGAAAUACCCGAAGAAAUCAAUCAUUUUAGUCAUCAACAUGACUUAAAGCUUACAGAGGAGCUUCUGAACAACGAACAAUGUGGUGGGUGUAUGCUUCCUAUAUCUACAUCCCCAUCCCCACAAUUUUACAGUUGUGCUCAAUGCAAAUUUUUUCUUCAUAAAUCUUGUGUUGAAUUACCCAUAAAAAAGCUACACCCAGUACUUCACCCCCACCUCCUCACCCUCUUCACAAAGACACCUUAUCCUAAUAGCGGAUUCAGUUGUGAUGUUUGUGGUAGGUCAUGUAAUGGCUUCGCCUACCAUUGUAAGGAAUGCGGGUUUGAUGUAGAUGUCCAAUGUAGUUUGAUCUCAGACAUCCUUAAACAUGAGGGUCACGAGCACCCGCUUAUUCUAUCAAGAGCACCCAGUAGUGAGAAUUGUAGUUGUUGUGAUAAUAGUGGAAGAGUAUUCAAGUGUAUUGAUUGCGAAUUCACUUUGGAUGUCAAAUGCGCUACACUGCCACAUACCAUGAGGUACCGACACUUUGAACAACCCUUCAAAUUGUGUUAUAAGGCUGAAGAUGAUUAUGAGGACGAUGAAUAUUAUUGUGACAUUUGUGAAAAAAAACGAAAUCCAAAGCAUUGGUUUUAUUACUGUGUAGAUAUGAGUUUCCCUGCUCAUCCCAAUUGCAUUCUUGAAAAAUCUCGGUAUAAGAAAUGA